AUGCCAGCUGAUCUGCUUUGCAACAGUGCCCAAAUCGAAGCUGUUGUGUUCGAAGCUUUCGAGAUAUCGCCCCCAUCUGCCGAGGUCCUGGCUAGCGAAGGCGCCCUUAUCUGCGAUUUCCCGGACUGCUCGGCGCAGAUACCACUCCUUGAGUUUCAGAAGCCGUCGUUCCAGCACGCGCUAGCUGACUUUCUGGAAAAGGGCAGCAUGGAGCCCUUGAGAUGCUUCCAGGCGUUCGUGACAAAAUCGCAAACUCCCAUCGUCGAAUCGCGAGAUACAGGAAGUCCAAGGCUCAUAACGCACCUUCUCAUACCCUUGCUCGAGUCCAUCGGGUCCUCGGUAGACGAAAGUGUUCCUCGCUUGAGGAAACGGGUUCGCGACGAUGCCGUUAUUGAAGCCGCAGAACUGCCGUGGCGGAGGUUGCCUCUCUGGAUGGCAAUACGUGUAGGUAUCCAGAGACAGCUGCAGCUCUUGCUAGGAAGCGAGGUUGGAAGAGUCUACUACAAGUUCUUGAUCAUCACUGUGCUUGUCGAGCUUCUGCGCGACUGCCCUGGGGAGCUGGCACCUGAGCUGACGAUGAUGCUGCAAGCCAAAGUCUGUCGUCGCCUCGCAAAACUUGAGCAACAAAAGAACAAGACAUUGGAAGUGCAUAGCAAGCUGUCUGACACUACUGCAGCUUUCUUCGAGGAGAGCAUCAAGCAAGUUACCCAACUUGUGAGUCUCGCUUGGGAGAAGUUCAAGCGAGACACGACACGACCCGUUCCCCUGCUUCCGGCGCGCGCUGAUGGGCAAGCCCAAUUCCUGUCUCUUCCCAACAGCGAGCCGUACCUCCAGAGUGUUCUGCAUUCAUAUCGCGCGCAGAAGAGAACCUUGCCAUCAUUGCAGCUUCCAUCAUUACACGGCACUACGAUUGAGCAGGUUGAGCUUUUUACAGACAAGUACCACCAAUUGGCUGAAUUAGAGGGCAGGAUCGAAAGAAAGGAGGAGCCUCAAUUGACUGAGGAUCUCACUCCCGAUUCGUCUUGCGAGAGGCUAGCCCGUGCAAUACUCGGUCUCGUGGACAGUGUUGGAGCAGCGUACGAGUCCGACCCCGAGCAAAUGUCUAUCUUCAUUUUGAGUCUCUUUAGACUUUGGGUGAGGCUAGACAGGUACAUGGCCAAGAUCUGCCCUAUGAUCCGGGACUACCACCCAGCGUUUACUCCUGCGCUUUUGGAUGCGCUGCAUCUGCCGACUGCUGCAGAAAUGCGGCGGCUUCGUAAUAUUCAGCGCUAUCUUCGCAGCAGGUGCGAGGAAUGCAAGCAUCAGACGACAAUAUUCUCUGUACCUGAGAGGGAAAGCUUUGUGGUGCGAUACGUCUCGACCUCUAGAUCAAUGCAGCGACUGCACCGACGGAUAGAAUUAGCGUCCGAGGCGUCACGUCAGGCGAAGAAGUCAGAGUUGGAGAAAUGGUGGUCUGAUUUCGACGAACAUUCUUUGGGGAUCUCUGGAGGUACAUGCACCUGCACGUUCAAGCAAGAUGGGACGCGGGACGUAAGGGGUUGCACCAAAUGCUGGCACUGGCGAGUUCGAAACCGCAUGCAGAUCUAUGCGCAUGAGGACUUCCUCCCAAGCGAUCCGAUCAAAGCAUCAGCAGUCGUCUUUGAGUUGGACAUACCAAAGUCUCUCGCCGCGUAUCGGAGUGCAACAUGGAGAAUCAUCGUGUUGGCUUAUCCGGCCAAACCGCAGUCUGGAUCGCCGACUAAACUCUUGAGAGAUUACGACCCCCUCACGUCAUAUGCAUCAAAACACUCCACCAACAUCACUAUUGCGUCAACGUCUAAGUCAUUCCGUGGCACGCACUACAUGGUCAGUAAGAAGAGGAUGAAGGCAUCCGAGUCCGAUGUACUCUACCCCAAUGGGCUGAACUUUUCCUACUUUGACACCGCUUCGAACACCUGGCUCAAGGACUUCGAUAAACCAUUGACUUUCCAACAUGAGUGCGGAGUACAUGUGCCGCCUGGACUUCGCAGCUCCGUGUUACCGAGCUCGCCGCACCCUCCCACAGUGGCAACUGGGCCAUCGUCCUACGAAAUCGUCGCAUCAGAGACAAAAUGUCCGUCUAGCCUGUCCGUGCACGAGUUCACGGCUUGUCAGCGACUACUCUCAGGCAAUCAUCGACGAUGGUUGACACUGUUGGUCGAACUAGGCGCAUCAAAUGUGAACUUCAGCAACGAGAGCACUAUGCAUAUGUUCAAUCACCUGGCUACUCAAGCUGGGCCGGCGAAGAUUGGCGAAGAUACACUCGGCGCCAUUCACGCGGUAUUCAAGGACAGAUCGUUCUGUGAAUGUCUAGCCGCACAAGUCGAGAAGCGCCUCAGCGACAUCGCGUCAAAUUGGCGCGAGGUUCACUGUAUGGAGGUCAUGAUCACGCUGGGUCUGCGCCUGUACGACUUGACAGCCCCCAUGCUGCGAGCUGACGAUCUCUUGGCGCAGGCGCGUCGCAUCACCUUGACUUGGAUCGCUCGUCUACGAACCGAUGUCAGAAAUGCCAAAGAAACUUCCGUCGCCGAAACAGCCGCAAGAAAGUCUGACGCUGCCAUGUCAGAGGACGAUCUGUCAACGUUUGUUCAAGCGUCAUUGGCUCUUCAGGAAAAUCUCCUUGUGGAUGUGGCCAAGCUACCACCAGCGCUGAAGAGGAUGUUGAUCCGAGACACCAAGAUGACUCACAGAAUGAAAUCACGUUUGCUGCAAUCCAUAAGAGCCCACCCUCGAAGUAUCGGCACGGCUAUCAACGCCUCAUGGUCGGAACCGGGAGGUUCAGCUGAGAAAUCCUUCCGUGAUUGGCAGCAGGUCUCAGCGAUACAUGAUAAGUGGGUAGUGAGUUGGAUGCAGGCUUCGAUGAAGGAUCAAGCAAACACUCAAGUAGUUCACUACAACUUCAUGGAGGGUCACUUACUGGUCGAUGGGAAACCUCUGGGACGACUUCCACGCGACCUCCGAGAGUCAGAUGAGGUAAGGGAGCUCUUUGGCGACAGGAAUCUUCUCACCUUUCCGUCUGCUGCGUUCGGCAUGUCGUAUGUUCUCGCAUCGCGGAUACACAACCACGAAAUACAUUUUGGAUCUCGCAACGGGCGCGUCGUCGUCCGCGCUUGGACUCGAGACGAGCUGCUGGAAUAUAUUCCUUCUCGCCAUUUCGUUGGGCUCGAGACUGCUGACCUUCCGGCUGCCCUCGUCUCCAAUUGCGCGCACUGGCUGAAUCUGAAGACAAGAUGUCUUGAGAUUCGGCGCAAGCCUGUUCUGUGGAAGACGAGGAAGAGUGACUGGAGGAUCGAUCUUAUCAAACGGCAAGCUUAUCGGAACGACCGAACGUUAUUGAUCGAUCCCAAUUCUCCCCUCUUCAAGCAAGUUGCAACCCUCUUUCGCCACUUUGAAGAUUCGCACAAGAUUACCGUUUUCCAGCCCGCCAAUUCCAGGGGGAGGCUCUCCGUCGAGCUCCGCCACUUGGCACUCUCGUUCUUCGUAAACCGGAAAGGACUUCUCCAGUGUCGAGAAUUGGACGAGGAGAUAGACCCCGACCAAGAUGCCGGCACGCUUUACGGUCUUGAAAGCAAAAUCGUACUGCGCGAUGUCGUAAACAGCAGGCGCCGUAGCGUAAUCAUGCCUCUUGGGCCAUUAUCGUCUAUACGCCGUGGUAUGCAUGUGGUCGUUCGAGCGGCUGGUGGCACUGAUUUCGCAAAGUUUGGGAUCGAUGACGUGCUUGGACGAUUGUCCUGUCCCCUCGAGCCGCGGUUGUUGUAUGCAAAAGCCCAAUUUCAUGCAUAUACAUCGUUUGUCAUACCAGAUUCGUUGACUGGCCGUACCGGCACUGAGGAAGCAUUGCACAUGCUCCGGUCGGGUCAAUGCCAACCAUGGGAACCGUUGGGAGGUGCAGCGGUCGCGACUCUCCAAACAAUCGCAGACCUAAGCCCAAAGCGAGAAUACUAUCCGCAACAUAAGCAGGCACUGCAGGCGAUUUCCUGGAACACAAGGCUGACCAUGACCAUUCAACAUGAUGCAUACGAAGGACUUGUCCAGAACAUACUCGAUAAGUCGGAUUGUCUGCGGCUCUUUGUUCAGAAUGCAGCGGAGGAUAGCAUCAGCGUAUACGAGCCGUCUCACCUUCGGAAACGGGGUGUUACGCGGCGCCGCCUCUAUGAGCGCCUUUUCGACGGCACGAAUCGAACAGCAGCUAGUGAUCGGAUGUACAAAUCGCGUGGCCAAGAACCUGAUUCGGAGCAAGCACGUAAUGUUUAUUAUAUUGCGAGCCUCUUCCGGAAGCGACCCUUCCGCAUUGACACACGUAGAGAGCUUUCUGCGAUACUGCAGGAUUGGCAGCUUAUCGGCGGCUUCCAUGAGGGACGUCAAGCCGACGCUGCGAGUCUGAGCGACCUGGUAGACAUGAGUAUCGACGAGCAAUGGGGGAGACUUGUGAACCUCUGUCGCCACUCCAACCUCGACGAGCCCUAUAAUCUGAUGUUCCGCCUCAGUGUCAUGUCGCUCAAUCCCAGAAAUGAUCCGGACGUCAUGAAGAUCCUGGCAGCGUUUGCAUCCCUGCCGAAGUUGAGGAACUCAAUUCCCCCAUCUUGCCCCUCAUUCAGCCAGUUCAAGUUCAACGAAUUGCCUGACAUACGGUCCAUCUUUCGUGUGAUCUCUGUUGACCUCCCAGAGAAGCAUCAGAAAAUGCAGAACAAGGCCGAAGCAAGGCACCGCAAGGCAUGUGAAGCUGAGGGGAAACGAUUAGCGCAACACUUUCUCAACCAGUGGCCAGAUAGGAAGGUUUCCCUGAACAGAUUCGAUUCAGACCUUCUCGAUGUAGGGCUCGCAAUGGAACGUGUCGUGCCGGAAUGGGAGCGCCUGCAUUCGAACUUACUCCUCUCAGCGUAUGUCAGUGAUGUGCAAGAUGUUUUGAAGGAUUAUGAGGGAGGGAGUGGUACGUCACGUCCUAAGGCUUGGAGAUGGGACCAAGAGCCAUUCCCUGGGACCUCUUACGAUCCUGUCGUGCCGUCGAUCUCGAAAGAUCUUCUUAGCAGACCGCUGGCAGCAUCUUUCGGACACCAGGCGUGCGAGCUGCUACUGCCCAAAAACAGCAAACUUGCUUCUCAUAUGGAGGGGAGCGCAAAACCCCGGAUGCCAGCCAAGGAGAUCGUUGAGCUACGGCAGAUCCUUUCCGAUUUGGCACAGUCAUCCAACCCCCUCCGCCAACACUAUGGGCUAGAUCUGAAGAUGAGUCUUGACGCCCUCGAAAGAACCAGUAAUCAGACUCAAGUUCCCCAUGCUACUCCGAAUAUCUCAGAUAACGCGAGGCGCACUCAGGAACUCCAUGCGAUAGUAGCCACUCAUUUGUCUCGGAUUCGCGAGGCUCUUGCCAGAGAUGACAACUGCUCCUCGUGGCUACGGCUUGGAAACCUCUGGCCUUGCACGACGUCCAUCGCACUUUUGGAGCAGCUGCGCUCAAGCUCGUGUUGCGAGUUUGGGAACUUCGUACAAGAGACGAUUGUGGCACACGGUAUUCUCAUCACGAAACUGCAGCGGCUGACACGAAUCCACAACGCGCUGUGUCACGAUAAAGGCAAGGAUCUCCAAGCAGAACUCGGAAACUCUGGCCAUGAGAACUGGAGCGCCCUGGAAUGGCCGGACUGGCUUCUCCUAGAGAUUGAUAGCGACAUUCUGAUCCGGCGGGAGCAGGUCGACGUUGCACACGCGAUAAUCGCAUCUGAAUCGAGGAAGAACACAGUGCUGCAACUGAACAUGGGUAAAGGUAAGACAUCGUGUAUUGUUCCGAUGGCUCUAGCGGCGAUAGGAGACGGCAAGCAGCUUUCGCGUCUCAUCGUACCCAAGCCAUUGCUUUUGCCGACUGCGCAGAUGAUCCAGUCACGACUGGGCGGCUUGGUGGGUCGCGAAAUACGACAUAUUCCCUUCUCUCGUAAGACCAACAUCAACCCGCAGAUACUUCAGCUAUACAGGAACCUCCAUCAGGAAAUGUUGGACAGUCAGGGUGUUGUGUUGAUUGCGCCUGAACACCUUCUCUCGUACAAGCUUAGUGGCCUCCAACAUCUUGCUAACUCCAACCUGGAGACUGCACGCGAGGUACUUGAGUAUCAUACAUACUUAAGCUCGAUUGCUCGAGAUAUCUUGGACGAAUCGGAUGUUUCAUUGGCGGUAAAGACCCAACUCAUCUACCCAAGCGGCAAGCAGACAACCGUGAAUGGACACCCGCACCGCUGGAAAGUAGCGCAAUCCAUGUUGUCGCUCGUGAAAGAUCAUCUUCCCAAGCUUGAGCAAGACUUUCCGCGCAAUAUCGAAGUCUUGAAGCGGGGUCAGGGCUAUCCGAUGAUUUACAUCCUCCACGCGGAUGUCGAAGAGGAUCUGCAUAGGCGCAUAGUCGAUGACAUAUGUACCGGAAGAACUUCAUUUCUUCGCUUCACAGGCUGUGCUUCGGAUGGCUGCAGCCCAGACAUACGUAGAGUGCUCCUAGGGAAGAUAUUGGACAUGAUGUUGUUGGAGCGCGUGGCUAGGCAGUUCACUGACGAGACUAUCGCUCGCAAAACCCUAUUGCUUAUCCGGGGCCUGCUGCACCAUCGGAUACUACUUCUUUGUCUCAGAAAGCGCUGGAACGUACAGUAUGGGCUGCACCCUACGCGAGACCCGAUGGCGGUGCCCUUUGAAGCAAAAGGAAUUCCUUCUGAGCAGGCGGAGUUUGGACACCCUGAUGCGGCGAUCCUCCUCACCUGCUUGGCAUUCUACUACACUGGUCUCAGCCUGGUCCAGUUUCGCGAAGCUCUUCGCCAUAUCCUUGCGUCACAUGACCCUGCUAGCGAGUACGACAGGUGGACCAGCAGCUGCGAUUCGCUUCCAGAGGCUUUGCAUCAUUGGAACGUGAUCAACUCCGAUGACCAAGAUCAGAUGGAGGAACUCUGGAGACAUCUUCGAACGAACACCAUCGCGCUCGAUCACUACAUGAACCACUUUGUGUUCCCUGCUCACGCCAAACAGUUCGACACCAAGUUACAGGCUUCUGGAUGGGAUCUUCCCUUGUUCCCGCGAACAGACUCCGACAAGACACUAACACGUGCAAGGACCACUGGCUUCAGCGGCACUAGCGACAACAAAACGAUGCUGCCGCUCACCAUCCAGCAAAGCGAUCUGCCAAGUCUGCAUCAAACUAACGCCGAGGUGCUCACCUACCUAUUGCAAGAACGAAAUCGUGGAUACCACACCGUUGCUCAUGCAGGAAGGCGGCUAUCUGAAACAGAGUUCCUUGGCCAACUGAGAGACAAGAAGAUUCGAGUUCUCAUCGACGCUGGUGCCUACAUACUCGAGAUGAGCAACGAAGAUCUAGUCAAGACGUGGAUGGACAUAGAUACGCAGCCACAGGCAGCUGUAUACUUUGGCACUGAUAAUCGAGCCUGGGUGCGAUAUCGUGGCACCAAGGCGCGAGUGCCCUUGCUAGCAACCCCACUUGUCGAUCAUCUAGACGAUUGUCUCGUGUACCUGGAUGAAGCGCACACACGGGGCAUAGAUCUAAAAUUGCCUGAAAAUGCUCGUGGCGCGCUGACGCUUGCUCUUGGGCAGACCAAGGAUCAUACUGUGCAAGCUGCCAUGCGCCUUCGGCAGCUUGCGACCACUCAGUCUGUUUGCUUCUUCGCCUUCCCAGAGACUCACCAGUCCAUUCUCGACGUCUGUGGAAGGAGCAGCGACCACAAAAUCGACUCUUCUAAUGUCGUUCGUUGGUUGUUGGAGCAGGCAUGUCGUACGAACGAACAACUCCAGAAUCUCUACAUCUCUCAGGGUACUGACUUUUGCAAUCGCGUGAAUACAGAAUGGGAGAAUGCAGCUUUUCUUUUCGAUGCUCAAGACAGGAGUGCAUUUGUCAAAGUGCUCCGGCAUCCUGAGCAACAAACACUUGAGCAGCUAUACGGGAGCCGUACGGAGAAUGUCCACAGCACGUUGCCUCCCACGACCACGUUUCCCCAGCUCGAAGCUUUCAGGAACAAACUCAAUCAGCUACGUCUGAGUAUGUCACAGGCGGCAGACAACCUCCACUCCUCCGCGCUGGAAGAGGUAGAGCAGGAACGCGAGGUGGAGUUCCAAGUUGAAGAAGUGCGCGAGGUGCAGAAAGCCGUGCACUACGAGGCUCAUACGUUUCCUGGACUCCAUGCAGCUAUUUCUGGCUUUGUGAACACUGGUCGUCUGUGUGGAAACGUGGGAUACGAAAGCGUGUCGAAUGCUGUUUCACGCACGUCUACCGGCGACAGAUCUGGCAUCGGAGGAAUAGAAUCUGGCUUGUUCGUUUCGGCCGAGUUUAUGAGGACAAUCAAAACGAAGGAACGUGGCUUGAUUGACAAUUUUCUACGUCCGGUUGAAUGGAUCCUUUACAACCCCAUCACCUCCGACGCACUCAUCGUCAUCGCCGAAGAAGCAGAGGCUGUGAUUCCUCAACUUCGUACUCAAUCGUUCCCUCACAAAGUCCACCUCCUCACGUAUUCCGCACCUGUCACGAAGAAAAUGCUCCCGUUCAGCGGUCUACGGUACUACACUGCCCCAGCACUUCCACGCGAACACACCAUCCCGCCAAGCCUUGUCAUCGAACUCGGCCUCUUCGCGGGUCGACUGUAUAUGGGGUAUGAAGAAUGUGUGUCGCUAGUCAAGUACAUCGACGAUGUCAGCGCGAGUAGCCGAUCCAAUGUAACAACGACAGAAAAGACCAGAUUCAUCCUAGAGUGGACGUCUCUUCGUCGUAAGGGUCAGGAUGUCAUGCACACUCCGCUUGGCUACGUGUGCCAGGGUCGCCCGUUAGGUAUCGAACAUGCGUUCUUCGUGACCCGCCAUGCUGCUGAUAGCGGUGUGAUGAAACCGUACCACACCAGUGAAGCUGUCACCGAGGCGCCAGACGAUGAUGAGGACGAAGGCGAGGAUGAGGGGGAAAGGCAGUAUGACGGGCAAGAGGGCUAG